GCGGCGGGGCCAAAGGAGGUCUCUCCCAGUGGGGACGGGGAUGGGCUUAGCGAUGCUGAUUUGGGGAGGGGUCGUCUGUCCCAUCGCAGCGCGAUGCCGAUGCGGACUCGGCGCGGACAGCGGCGAACUCGACGAGGAUGGCGGCGCGAUGGUCGUGCCUGUCGCGCUCGCACGGAGUCGACGCAGGUAGUUGCGCGAUGAUCGCGCCGUUAUCCGCGUCGGGUACGCGAAGUGUCCACAUCGUGCUGGACAGACGAGGCCCCCCAGAGAUCCGGCGCAAGGUUCAGACCCGCUCUGGUCGAGGGGCUGCAGGAGCUCGUGCAGGACGCGCUUUUCAGGGGGCGCCGUCCGCCAUUGAAACGCUUUUCGGGCCUCCUGGCGGACGUGAGGCUUCGGUGCAUUGUGUUUCAUGAAGGCGGCGGGGAUGACCCGCAAUGCGCAACUGCUCUCCAGGUGACCUCCAUCGAUCACGGUUUUUGGGACGCCUUGCCUAGUGCCAAUUCGCGCGGAGCGUGGGGCGCUAGAUUUUGCAACCGAUGUCAUUAGCUGAUGAGCCAGGCGGCCCGUGUAACAUCUGUAUGCGUUGGCUUCCACGUCAAGUGAGCUCUCGUUCCACCGUUGCUGUGGUUUGUUGUUGUGCUCCUCGCUGGGUAGCCAUCUUGACCAAAUAUCAGUUUGCGCGGCUCAGUCCUUUCAUUAUCGAUGGCGCCUCAAGGACCCCAAGUAGAAUCUUGGCCAAGCGCGCAGGGCCCAUGCGAUGUCGAGGCAACCGAGCUUGCGAGGGGCGACCACACUUACGGACAGCAUGGUUUUGGAUGCAGAUGCCAUAACCAUCAACACAACUUGACGAAUAAAGGAUACCUUUUGGAAUAGCGCGAGGCGCUCACUCACGCACGAGCAUGCAAGCGGCACGAUGAGGAGCCGAUCUUUUUGAGUAGUUGUUGCGUCGUUGCUGUGGGAGGACCUUCCAGUUGCAAGCCAGCUUCUCAUGUGGAUCGAGAGGGGACUUCCAAACAAAUGCCAGCAGGCCGUGGCUUCCAGGAACAUGAGCUUCGCUGUGAGUGGUCGAGGGCAGGUGCAGGGCAAACCUCUGAACUGUUGUUCGUUUGUUAUCAUGAGAUCUUUCUUGUUGUGACCAUGCAAGGCCUGCGAGCGCACUCCUUCCAUCGACGCAUGUUCUUUGACCACACCAGAUAGUAUCACAUCAGUCACGCACAAGCUUAGCGGACACCUGUAUGUGAAUGUAUGAUGCGAUACAGAACUUGGAUGGAGGCGGUUGUCAAGAAGUGUGAGGGCCCUCUCAUUCCUGCUUUUCCUCCGCCCUCUUCCCCCUGUUCUCUCUUUAGACGUAAGUGUGGCCUCCGCCGAGAUAGCUAGCGCCAGCGGGCGCUCUCCUAAAACGGCGACGGAGCUUGCCGAAGGUGUUGAGGUGAGAUGGAUCAGACUUGUUGGCGCUCGGACUCUCUGUCCUCCCGCGGCUGCUCCGUCUCGUGCUCCUCCGGCCAGCCAUGGAAUAGGUGUGCGCGCGACGGGUUCUUGUGGGCAUGCGCAUCAGCACAACACCGUACAGGAGCCAUUGCGCAAGCCCUUGGCACGGCGCUUGGGCACACGAUCGAAGCAUACCAGGAGAAUCAGGGACCACGCCGAGGAGGAGGACGAGCAGUUAGAGAGAGGCCCAUAAUUCAUGUCCGAGUCAGGUGUUUGCAUGGGGCGAUAACGCCGGCGACGCGCUCGCGCUCGGCAGCGGCAACCAGUGCGAGCUCAGCCCGUCAUUGAUGUCGUCGCUGGGCUCCACGGCAGUCUCGCGGUUGGAGGUCACCGGCGGAAGUGGCGCUGCGGAGAAGGAGCACCUGGUCAUCGCUCACGCGGGUGCGCCCUGGAAGGAGGUUUCUGGUGCCAACUUGAAGGAGUCCGACGCAGAGUUCAGAAUCGAUAUGGGCUUCUGGUUGUGGGGCACCUGGGGCACGCGCCACUUCGCCGCGCCGUGCCGGCCUUGGGUGCGGGGCAGGCCCGAGUCCGCGCGGGAGGAGCAGAAGCUCCGCAAGGUGGUCGCCGCGGGCGAGUACUUUGUCGUCCUCAUGGAGGACGGCUGCCUGUUCGCGUGGGGCAGGAGCGAGGAAGGGUGCCUCGGCCUCGGCGACAGAAUGGUGAGCUCGGUGGCCUUGCCGCUGGUGCUGCCCCCCGGCCCAGAGGGCGCCGAGGCGGGCUGCGCCGUGGACCUGCAGCACGGCCGCCGCCACCUGCUCGCGCUGUCCGAGCACGGCCGGGUCUACUCCUGGGGCGACGGAAGGCUCGGGCAGCUCGGACUGACCUGCACGAGGCCCGCCUUCGAACCGACGCUCGUGUCCGAGCUGGCCUCCCACAGGGUGUCGCAGAUCCUGGCGGUCCGCGACGCCAGCUACGCCCUCGCCGACUGCGGCUCCGUGUUCGCCUGGGGUGACAACGCGGACGACGCGCUGGGGCUCCCCAAGGGCGAGGGCUUCGGGCUGCGCACGGUGCUCGCGCCCGUCAAGAUGGCUGGCUUCCGGGGGGGGCGCAUCACCCGGCUGGAGGUGCAGUGAGCGGCCGGCCUUCACGCGGUGGAGCCCACGGAGGGCCUGGGAGCACAGCGCUCGUUGCGCUCACAGGCGCGCAGGAGCGAA